CUUCGGGCACGGCUGAGCAAGACCUAGAUGUAUGAGGCUUGGUCUAAAUUCAUAUCUCUUGCUCAGUGCUUUCUCAGCUUCUACUGAUGUGUCUUUCUCACUCCAUCCAGCUUCGAUCACUGGGCCUCGACAUGAGUUUCAGACCACUCGAGACUUACGACGAAGUGUCAGGGGGCUUCCCCCUCUCCCCAACAGGGUUCAUCGCAUUGCAACCCUCUCUCGAAAUUGUGAAAUCGGGCGAAGGGAUGGUAUCAAACGUUUGGCUGCAACAGCUUAUCCAUAGGCUUUCCCGUCGAUAUCCGGUACGAUCUGGCGCCCGGUUCCUCAGCGCAGCCUCCAGGGAGGGGGUGUACAUUUCACGGAAUGUGAUGGCUAUAGCCCUGUGUCUGAGCGCAUUGUUUGUACUUCAUAUGACGCUGUUGCUCUUCUGGACCCCGUUGUGCUUCAUCGCGCGCUGCCUGAGCAUCUACGUGAAGACGUAUUGGAUGUGAAGGUAGGGCAUGUAGGGCAAGUAAGUGAUCGAGUCCUGUGACGACCGCUCCCCUUAAAGACAACAACACCCCCCUGACUCUCUCUCCCAUCGUUGGUAUUUCGUUUGUUUGUCAUUACUAGCCCAAAUUGUCGAUGAAAUGAUUGGUAGUAAGAGGGUGAUGCGCUGUCUGUUAGGAGCUCGACGUUGGUACUCAGGCAUUACAUUUGAAUCACAAUCUCGAUCCUACAGUGCGACCCAGUAAAGUCCGGGCACCG